UUGCAGACUCUCUCUCUCUCUCUCUCUCUAGAAAUAUCAUUCAAGCCCCCUCCAUCGCUGUUUCUCCCUCUCCCUCCCUCUCUCUCUCUCGGACUCGCUUUCAUUAUUCCUCUUUGUUGUAUCAGGAAAUUCACACGCAGUCGUUUUUUGUUUGUCUUUCUUCUCUUACGCAUACUAUUUUGUUUUGGUUCUUUGUGAUCUCAAGUUUUUGUUUUUCGAUUCCUCGAUUCGGCGCAAAGAAAAUUCGCUGCUCCUCGACCUAGAUUUCGGCUGUCGCGAUUGGGAUUUCUCAGGGAUGCUAUUGAAAUGAUGAAUCAAGGAGGGAGUAUUGAUACCAUAACUACCCUGGAGCCAAACUCCCUUGAGAAGCGUCAGGUGGUUGAUUCAAGCCAAGGGUACACAUCUUAUUAUAGCUCCUCAACGGACAAUGGGAUUCUUUUUAAUUCCUCCUACCACCAGGAGCAGCGUGCAGAGCCUCCUACAAGAAAUGUUCAAGAUAGCUCUAAUGUUGCAUCCCUAGCCUCUACUUCAAGUUCAGGAUCAGUAAAUUUACCACAGGAAUAUGGUAAUAGCUAUGCGACGUACCCAAAUAGUGAUCCAUAUGGAUAUGGCAACACCGGAUAUGCAGGUUAUUAUAGUGGCUACCAGCAGCAAUCUAAUCAGCAAUACCCUCAGCCGGUGGGGGCAUAUCAAAACACAGGUGCUCCUUAUCAGCCUCUUUCCUCCUUUCAGAAUACUGGGUCUUAUGCUGGGCCCCCAAGUUAUUCAAGCACUUACUACAAUCCUGGUGAUUAUCAGACAUCCGGAGGUUACGCAAGUGGAGGUUACAAUAAUCAGAGUCAUCAGUCCAACUCGUGGAAUGACGGAAAUUAUACAAGUUAUGCUUCUCACCAAUAUCCAAAUCCAAACUACCAUACUGACCCAAAUGGUGCGUAUAAUGCUAGUGCUGCUACUUCAACUUCUCUUCAAUAUCAGCAGCAUUAUAAUAAGCAGUGGGCAGAUUAUUAUAGUCAGACAGAAGUUAGUUGUGCUCCCGGGACAGAACACAUUUCAGUUACUAGUACAUCUAACCCAGUAUGUCCUGUUCCUGUUACCAGUGGAUAUCCAGCUUCAGUCAGCCAGCCUCCUGCGCCUUAUAUUCCAUCGUGGAGGCCAGAUUCCGGUUCUUCUGAAUUUCCUUCAGUGCAGACUGGUGCAGCAAUGAGCAAUGGCCAUGAUGGUCACUGGAAUAAUGGGGCUCCGGUGCAAACUCACAACGUUUGUGCACAACCACCACAAUUUCAGACGUCUUUGGAUUCAAAUCUUACUUAUCAAAGCUUUCAAGAUCAACAUAAGAGUUCAUCUUCUCAGGGACCCAAUGUGCAGUAUCCUGCUUCUCAUCAGGUACCCCAGAGUUAUCCGUCAUCCUUGCAAACUGUUCCUCAAAACGUUCCACCUUUAGAUUCGCGCAGGGUCAGCCAACUGCAGAUUCCAACAAAUCCUAGAAUUGCUUCCAAUUUAGCAUUGGGUUUUCCACCAACAAAUAGGGAUAGCUCUACAGCCAGUACAGCAGCAAAACCGGCCUACAUCAGUGUUCCUUUACCAAAGCUAAAUGACAAGGCUUUGUCCAAUGAUGAUGCUGAUUCUAUACUUAAGCCUGGAGUGUUUCCCAAGUCACUGCGUGGUUAUGUGGAAAGGGCUCUUGCUCGGUGCAAGGAUGAUAACCAAAUAGCAUCUUGCCAAGCCGUCAUGAAAGAGGUCAUUACCAAGGCAACUGCUGAUGGUACACUUUAUACACGUGACUGGGAUAUUGAGCCACUUUUCCAGCUACCCAGUGUGGAUGUGACCAAUAAGUAUAUUCAAAGUUCAACUCCAACUUCUUUGUUGUCAAAGACCAAAAGAAGUCCAAGUAGGCGAACCAAAAGUAGGUGGGAGCCUAUGUCAGAGGUGAAACCAGUUGACAAACCGGCAUCUGUGACUCUGCAUGCAGGAAAUUAUGGUAGUUGGUUACAUUCUAGUGGAAGUGACAAAAAGCUUUCAGGUGUAAAAUUGGAGAGCAAGGAAGGUGGAUUGAAUGGUAUUAAAUUUUCCUUGGCAGACCAGAGAACUACAAACAGAAGUGCGAUGAAGGCAGUUAAGAGGCAGCGUUUUGGUGAUAGUAUGGAUGCAGUUGAUAAUGGUAAUGUAUCCAGUGACAGUGACAAGGAACAAAGUUUAACUGCAUAUUACUCCGGUGCAAUAGCACUUGCUGAUUCACCGGAGGAAAGGAAGAGACGGGAAAAUCGGUCCAAGCGUUUUGAAAAGAGACAAGGAAAUCGAGCAGAAAACAAUCGUUUUAGGCCAAAGAAUGUUGGAGCAGGGAAUUUGUACACUAGAAGGGCUAGUGCGCUGGUACUUAGCAAAAACUUUGAUGAUGGUGCUAGCAGGGCCGUCGAAGACAUCGACUGGGAUGCCCUUACUGUCAAGGGGACCUGCCAGGAAAUUGAGAAACGUUAUUUGCGCCUCACUUCUGCGCCUGACCCUGCCACUGUGAGACCUGAAGAAGUACUGGAAAAAGCACUGCUUAUGGUUCAAAAUUCUCAAAAGAACUACCUUUACAAAUGUGAUCAGUUGAAAUCUAUACGCCAAGAUCUUACGGUGCAACAUAUACGCAAUGAGCUGACAGUGAAGGUAUAUGAAACUCAUGCUCGUUUUGCGAUAGAAGUUGGAGACUUGGCCGAAUAUAAUCAGUGCCAAUCACAGUUGCAAACACUUUAUGCAGAGGGAAUCAAAGGUUGCCAUAUGGAAUUUUCUGCUUAUAACUUACUUUGUGUUAUCUUGCACUCUAAUAACCACAGAGAUCUCUUAUCAGCAAUGUCAAGAUUAUCAGUUGAAACCAAACACGAUGAAGCUGUGAAACACGCUCUUGCAGUUCGUGCAGCUGUCACUUCGGGAAAUUAUGUCCUCUUCUUCAGGCUAUACAAGACAGCUCCUAACUUGAACACCUGCCUUAUGGAUCUCUACGUGGAGAAGAUGCGGUUCGCAGCUGUGAGAUCUAUGUCUAGAUCAUAUCGCCCUACAGUCCCUGUCUCAUACAUUGCUCAGGUUCUGGGCUUCACCAGUGCCUUGCCUACAGCAGAAACAAGCGAGGAAAAGGAUCCAGAUGUGCUGGAGGAGUGUGUGGAGUGGUUGAAGGCUCAUGGUGCCUGCCUUACGGUCGAAAACACUGGAGAGAUGCAGCUUGACACAAAGGCUUCCUCCUCCACACUAUACAUGCCCGAACCUGAAGAUGCCGUGGCCCAUGGUGACGCCAGUCUCGCUGUUAACGAUUUUUUGACAAGGAAUCCCUCAUAGCAAAGUUCAUGGUCCAUCUGAACUCAGACAAUUGGUAAGAACAGGCGUUAUGAUGCUGCUCUCGCAGUGCAAUGUUCAAGGAAAAAGGAAUCUCAAUUCCCGUUGUGCUCAAUACAGAAAAAUAUUGAUUCUGUUGGGAUUUCCUUGGUAUUACUAAGGGUAUUGAUGCUCGAUCAAAGGCGUACGAGACGAAAAAUGUGUGCAAUUAUAUAGCUGCAGUUUUGUUCCCCUCGUCGAAAUGGUUUUAGGUCGUAGUGGAGGCCGGAGGGGCUGCUUCCGAGUAGUGCGACGGUGUUUUGCUUUUGUUUCCUUUGUUUUAGUCGUUAGAGGAAAAUGCAAUUGUUUUUGAAGGCUCGCCACAGUAGAUAUAUAACAGGGGAAUCUAGAACAAGGAAACGUAACAAAUUGUAUGCUUGUCGACGAUAACUUGUAACUUAUUACGUUGUGCUAAUAUUUAGCAACAAUUUUCCUGUUCGUAAUUCUUAACUACCCAUAGAAGGGUGUUUUAAAUAUAGGCAAAUUUUCCUGUUCGUACA